AUGACUACACCCAAAAGAAAUCUAGCUCAAUUCAAAAACCUUCAGGAAGCAGAAACUUUUGCCAAAUCACUUGCAUCUUCAGAAGGCUAUUGUGUCAGUAGGCGCACUUCGCAACUCGAUCCAGCUAAAGGCACAAGACACAUUGUAUUAGGCUGCGUACAAGGAGGUCAUUAUCGAGUGACAUGGAAAGAAAAGUCAACAACGUAUCCUAAAAAACGCGAUAGCAUUAAAGUGGGAUGUAAAUACUCAAUUCGUAUCAGUGAGAAGGACGACCAAUGGAAUGUACGAGUACCCAAGAAUAUGCAUAAUCACGAACCAAGAGCACCUGCACCCAAACGAAUCAAAAAGUCAUCAGAAGAAGCGGUUGUCACACAUCCAGGAUUGAUCAACCAAGAGUCGCCUGAAGAUGUGGUUCGACAUUUAGUAGCUGAAGUGGCUCGAUUGGAGAGAUCUGGUUAUGGGUUGAUAGACACCAGCGAACAUCACAUCACAAGUCAAAUUGAACAAGCCAUCUUGCAUGCUGAGUUACAGGCUAUUCAUGAUAAAAUGCCUCAACAAGUAUAUCAUCAAGACCAUCAACAGCAGUCUGAAUUGGGUACUUAA